AUGACAUCCCGCCGCGCGUUAAACAAAACUGACGAGUCAACAGCCUCGGCAUAUUCGUACUCAACUUCUCUACAAGAGGACAUUCGGCUUACAAACGCUCUAAUACAGCAACUAGGUGACGCACAAGAUGACUAUCUUCAGGGCGACGUCCCUACCUCAGCUUUGUGCCGUUUACUGUCCCUACGAUCAGAAUACACCGCGUCUUCAUUUGAAACGACAAAUCAACAAAUGAAAGCCCCAUUCAGAAAAAUUGGAUUCGGACAAUGUGGGAUUAUUUACGAGCAACCUAACAGAGGCUACGUACUGAAGCUGGCAAGAAAAUAUUUCGAAGAUUCUUUGCUAGGAGACCUUCGAGCGCAUCUCCGCGUCUACCAAGCCCUGGCUGACUACCCGACCGAUUGUCGGAUUCCAUCGGUCUACAAAUAUAUCACGGCAUCUAAUUCGUCGUGGUGGGAAGCAAACUCCCACUUCUUUACGGCCCAGGAUGAGCUUGAAUUGCCAACUAUGGCACUGGCCACUCAGCACAUCUUGCCUCUGCCAAAAAUCGUUCGAACGGCGUUGAUUGAUCUCUACUGCCCCGAGGAGCACAAGGCUGCGGUGACGGAAAAUCCAUCAAACCAAGACUGCCUUGCUCGAGUCUACCUGGGCCGAAGUCGUGUGCCCAACGCACCCAAGUCUCCUAACUUUACGCUCCGGAAUUUCAAUCUUCAUCUUGAUCAGAUGAUGGAGCUGAAACUGCCCAUCGUGGAUUAUUCUAGGGCUAUUGGAGAGGCGCUGGCCGUUAUCCACUGGCGUGCAAAUAUCGAUGCAUAUGAUAUCGAAUUUGUCCUCGGAAGCGAAGCGGAGGCAAUCUACCGUCCAGAACCGACCACCGCGCCUCAAGUCCGAAUGAAGGCAGAGGAAGUGGAAUCAAUGUCUACGCAUACAGAUAUUGAUGAAAUCGUAUCCGUCAACUUCAAACAACGAUCAACGAGGCUCUGGGUUUUGGACUUCAACUUGUGCUCAAGAUGGGACAUGGCGCAGGUUCUUGAAUCUGGCGGCGAGGAUAAGCUUGUUGGGCACCUGGUUCAGGCAUUCUUUGAAAAUGACCCGUACUAUCCAAGGCCCAUAAAAUCGGGAGCAAAUGACGCAGAUAAGGACCAAGUCCAAAAUGAACUUUGGGAGGUAUUUUGUUCAGCCUACCUAAACAAAUCAAAAGCUGUCCUGGCCGGUUCGACUACGGGGGGAGAGCAGAAAGAACGCCUUCUAGAGCUCCCAAAGAGUUUUAUUGCUAGUUGCAUCGCCGGCGCUAAAUGUGGCCGAGUAUCAGAUAAUUAUAAGGCUGUCGAUAACCUGUGA